AUGCUGCACCAUUACCACCAUGGCGAAGUGGCCAGCCUGCACUGCCUCUCGCCCCCGAACCCGCCGUUCCACACCCACUACCACCACCCCGGCAUGAUCGCCGCCAGCAUGACGCCCCCUCCGCCCUUCCACUUCUCACCGGCAGCCUACGAGUAUGAGGACGAGCCUAUGCUGCAGGAAGCGCUGGCUGCCAUCGGCAAUAACAGCCCGCCCGGCUCCGGCGGGGCUGGUGAUGACAUCCAUGGCCAGACGCUGGCUUCGGCGGCGGAGGAAGAGCGGAGGCGGCGGAGGAUGGUGUCCAACCGCGAGUCAGCGAGGCGGUCGCGCAUGCGCAAGCAGCGGCAGCUCAGCGAGCUGUGGGCACGGGUGGCCCACCUCCGCGGCGCCAACCGCCGCCUCCUCGACGAGCUCAACCGCGCAAUGAGGAGCUGCGGCGACGUCCGCCGCGACAACGACCGGCUCAGCGCCGAGAAGGCCGAGCUGGAGGCCAGGCUCGAGCAGCUCAUGCAGCAAGCACAACAGAGCAACAACGCCUCCUCAGAGCCAUGCGAGAAAAACACCACUGCUGCUGUGCAAGUGGCUAGAUGA